UUGUCCCAUAAAAUAUCGAUCCUAAUUGGCAGUUACUUGGGCUUUUAUAUUUGUCUACCUCUCGUUUUUGAACGGUGGUCACUAAAUGAAGGGGUUCUGGCCUGGGAGGGCCCAUGUAUUCCUUCAAUUGGUUGGGGAGCUGGGACAGUGUCUCUGGCGAUAACGAGAAUAGGAGGGAAUGUUGACCAGGGAGCACCGCUGCGGCCGUUCAGAAGAGCAGGAACCAGAGCCCGGGCUGAGUCCGAAAAAAGCCGGAUCCAGACGGUGGCUCUGGAACGGCUGGAAUUGGAAGAUGGAGGAGCCGGAGGAACCGGCGGACAGUGGGCAGUCGCUGCCUCCAGUGUACAUCUACAGUCCCGAGUAUGUCAGUAUGUGCGACUCCCUGGCCAAAGUCCCCAAACGGGCCAGUAUGGUACAUUCUUUGAUUGAAGCGUAUGCACUGCAUAAGCAAAUGAGGAUAGUUAAGCCCAAAGUAGCCUCCAUGGAGGAGAUGGCCACCUUCCAUACUGAUGCCUAUCUGCAGCAUCUCCAGAAGGUUAGCCAAGAAGGAGAUGACGAUCAUCCGGACUCUGUAGAAUACGGGCUAGGUUAUGACUGCCCAGCCACUGAAGGGAUAUUUGACUACGCAGCAGCUGUAGGAGGGGCUACAAUCACAGCUGCCCAAUGCCUGAUUGAUGGAAUGUGCAAAGUAGCAAUUAACUGGUCCGGAGGGUGGCAUCAUGCAAAGAACCACACUGGCCUUUCAGCUUCUCAAAUAGGCCAAGGAAGUUCUUUCCUGCCUCAGAGCUUUUGCAAUGCUGCUCUCUCUGCCUGGAAGACUUCUCCAUCUCAGUAUGGAGAUGAAGCAUCUGGUUUUUGUUAUCUCAAUGAUGCUGUCCUGGGAAUAUUACGAUUGCGACGGAAAUUUGACCGUAUUCUCUAUGUGGAUUUGGAUCUGCACCAUGGAGAUGGUGUAGAAGAUGCCUUCAGUUUCACCUCCAAAGUCAUGACAGUGUCCCUGCACAAAUUCUCCCCAGGAUUUUUCCCAGGAACAGGUGAUGUGUCUGAUGUUGGCCUAGGAAAGGGACGGUACUACAGUGUAAAUGUGCCCAUUCAGGAUGGCAUUCAGGAUGAGAAGUAUUACCACAUCUGCGAAAGUGUACUAAAGGAGGUAUACAUAGCCUUUAAUCCUAAAGCAGUGGUCUUACAGCUGGGAGCUGAUACAAUUGCUGGGGAUCCCAUGUGCUCCUUUAACAUGACUCCAGUGGGAAUUGGCAAAUGUCUUAAGUACAUCCUUCAGUGGCAAUUGGCAACACUCAUUUUGGGAGGAGGAGGCUAUAACCUUGCCAACACAGCUCGAUGCUGGACAUACUUGACCGGGGUCAUCCUAGGGAAAACACUAUCCUCUGAGAUCCCAGAUCAUGAGUUUUUCACAGCAUAUGGUCCUGAUUAUGUGUUGGAAAUCACGCCAAGCUGCCGGCCAGACCGCAAUGAGCCCCACCGAGUCCAGCAAAUCCUCAACUACAUCAAAGGGAAUCUGAAGCAUGUGGUAUAGUUGACAAAAAGAGAUCAGGUUUCCAGAGCUGAGGAGCAGUGGCUGUAAUGAAGACAGCGUGUUUAUGCGAGCAGUGUGUGGAAUUUGUGACUGCAGGGGAAAUUUGGAAGAAAUUACUUCCUGAAAAUCUCCAAGGGGCACCAAGUUGCAGCUGGCCUCCUGGGUGAGGCAGGCAGGCACCCCAGAGGCCUCAACUAGGCCUAUGGGAAGAGAGAGAUUUCCAGCAUUUAAAGUGUUUAUUUUUAAAAAAAAA